UUUAAUGUUUUAUAAUAGAUAGUCAGAUCCACCAAAACUUACUGAGAGGGCAGUAAAUUUCCCAUAGAUACCUCAGGAUGGGAUUUCCCCUCUUUUCAUGUCUGAGGUCCUGGGAAAGACCAGGAAGCUGUGUGGUUGACUUGGCACCUAGUGAUAAAGAGAGCGCCCUUACUUUCUCCAAUGUUUUUCUCUCUAAUCUCUGAUUACAGGAUAGCAAAUUUUCCAAGUUAUAGUCAGAGAUGAUGAAGUCACAUUGAUAGAACAGAGCUUGAAGGAGCAAAGGGGAGAAGAGGAAGCAACUCUGUCCCUGACAAUCCCACCCACACCCACUGCCCCUACCCUCCUCAUUCCUCCAUGGUAGAUGGUUCCAGGCUCUAUUGUGUUGGGGAGAGCCUUGACUUGUGACAUCUCUGACCCUUGGGUCUAGAAGAGUACCCCAAAAGUUUGUGAACAUGUAACUUAUUGUUUAAAGAGAGAUGGUUCAGUGAGUGAAAGGGACACUUAUCAACAUUACCCCAGGACAACAGGCAUAAACCUGAAGUGUACCAGGCAAAGUGAGAUGAAUAGUCACCAUACACAGAGCUAGAAUGAAUAUGGAUUGACUCUUCCUGAGGAUGAAAUGUGGGUCUUGCUAAGAUGUGUGGAUUGUGCCAAGAAGGCCCCCAAAUAAAGAACACCAGGAAAGAGGAAGCUGCCAUGUUCAUCCAGGCCUGGUGGCGGGGCACCCUGGUGCGCCGGACACUGUUGCAUGCGGCACUCAGAGCAUGUAUCAUUCAGCGCUGGUGGAAGCAGAUCCUGAUGAAGCUGGUGGAGAAGAGGAAGCGACUGGCCCUAGAUUUCUAUGUGCACCAAGAAUGGGCAGUGGUCAAGCUGCAAUCCUGGGUCCGUAUGUGGCCCAUACGUGUUCGUUACUGCCGUUUGCUCCACUCUGUCCGCAUCAUCCAAAUCUAUUGGCGCUGGCACAACUGCCGUACCCGUGGUUUUAUUCAGGGCGAUUACAUCCUCAAAGAAAGUCAACUGAAUCUUCAACUUGAAAUCUCUUUAGGCACACAGGCUUGUAGAGUGCAACAGUGCAUACCCCUUCCAAUAAAGGAGUGAUCAGGUCUGCUA